GAGACUCGUUUGUUUGUGGCUGGGAGGACUGGAGGUCAGGUGGUGGCGGGCGAGAAGGCUGCUCUCCUAAGUGCAGUGAGGGGCUCAUGCGCGUGGUCGCCUCCCGGCUACGUUAUUUUCUUGGCGGACACGUGCUGUACGUUGGCCGCUUCCAGCCCCCAGGGCCGGUGACAGAUUUAAGUAAAAAGUUCCACAGUGCCUUCCGAAAUAUGGAGUCUGUUGAAAUGACAACCAUUUCACUGAAACGCCACCUUACAUCUGAAGACCUCCCCACAGAUGAAACCAAGAAGCAAAGACUUUCAGACAUUGAUUUUACUGCUGAAUCUGAUGGCACGCUUCAGGGAACUGUUCUCAAAACCAAAAAAGCCAUAGAAACAGAAAUUAUUGCUGAAGCUCAACUCUCAAAAGCAGAGGAGGAUGAUGGGAGUGAAGGAGAAGAUGAACUCUUGGAGGGGGAGCCUGGUGAUGGGGACCCUGAAAGCUUUGCCGACAUGAUGAAAUAUGGGUUGACUGAACUUGACGUUGGGAUCAUUAAAUUUGUCAGUUCUCAUGAAGGCUUCUCUGGAAUCCUGAAGGAAAGAUAUUCCGAUUUUGUUGUACAUGAAAUCGGAAAAGAUGGAAAGAUCACUUACUUGAAUGAUUUAUCUGUUCCAGCAGAUGAUGAGGAUCCAUCAGAAGACAUUUAUUCAGUCUUAUCAGAGGAUGAAAAGAAGCGUUUGGAAGACCUUCAGCUCUUUAAAAAUAAAGAAUCCAAUGUAUCUAUAGAGGUUGUUGAUGACAGCAAACAAAAGAGGACAAUUAUUCAUCAGGCUGUAAAAGGCUUAUUCCCUGGACUGGAAACCAAAACUGAGGAUCGAGAUGGAAAGAAAUAUAUUGUAGCCUACCAUGCAGCUGGCAAAAAGGCUUUAUCAAAUCCACGUAAACAUUCCUGGCCAAAAUCCAGGGGGAGCUUUUGCCAUUUUGUGCUGUACAAGGAAAACAAGGACACGAUGGAUGCCAUUAAUGUGCUCUCCAAAUUUUUAAGGGUUAAACCCAACAUAUUUUCUUACAUGGGGACCAAGGACAAAAGAGCUAUCACUGUUCAAGCAAUUGCUGUUCUUAAAAUAACAGCACAGAGACUGGCCCAUUUAAACAAAUGUUUAAUGAACUUCAAAUUGGGAAACUUUACAUACCAGAAGAAUCAGCUGAAAUUGGGUGAACUUCAAGGCAAUCAUUUUACAGUUGUUUUAAGAAAUAUUACAGGAACACACGAACAAGUGGAACAAGCCAUGAGCUCUCUCAGUGAUAUUGGAUUCAUAAAUUAUUAUGGUAUGCAAAGGUUUGGAACUACUGCUGUUCCUACUUACCAGGUGGGAAGGGCAAUUCUUCAGAGUAACUGGAAUGAAAUGAUAGAUCUGAUCCUGAAACCAAGGCCUGGAGCUGAAAAGGGAUAUCUGGUUGAGUGUAGAGAAGUGUGGGCAAAGACAAAGGACCCAGAUGCUGCACUGCGAAAAUUGCCUGUGAAGCGGUGUGUAGAGGGUCAGCUGCUUCGUGGACUUUCAAAGUAUGGCCUGAAAAACAUUGUAACAGCAUUUGGCAUAAUUCCUAGGAACAACCGGCUCAUGUAUAUACACAGUUAUCAGAGUUAUGUAUGGAAUAAUAUGGUAAGCAAGAGAAUCGAGGAAUAUGGACUAAACGUUGUUCCUGGGGAUCUUGUGCUCAAAGGAGCAACGGCAAUCGUGCUUGAUGAAAGCAAUACCCACAGUUACACCAUCCAUGACGUAGUGAUGCCACUUCCAGGCUUUGAUGUCAUAUAUCCUAAGCACAAAAUUGCUGCAGCUUAUGAAGAAAUGCUGGCUACUGACAAACUGGAUAUAAAUAACAUGAGACACCGCGUAAAGGAUUACUCCUUAGCUGGAGCUUACAGGAAAAUAUUAAUACGACCCCAAGACGUUAGCUGGGAAGUAGUUGCGUAUGACGAUCCUAAGGUUCCUCUAGUUCGGAGUGAUAUAGAGAAGCUGGAAGGAAAACCGUUGCCGGUCUUUAACACAGAAGGAAAAUAUAGAGCAUUGAAGAUGGAAUUCUCCCUGCCGCCAUCUACAUAUGCGACAAUGGCGAUCAGAGAAGUGCUAAAAGUGGACACCAGUAUCAAAAAGCAGACACAGCUGAAUACUGUGUGGCUGCGCUGAGCCGCUUCUGCAACCUCGCAAGCCUUUCGCCAUGACUGAAAGAGAUAUUGUUUAGGGUGAUUUCACACUGCGCUCUUUUUUUUUUUUUUUUUUUUUUUUUUUUUUUAACAUAUUUUGGAAGCAAAAAAACAAAACACAGUAGCUAGAUGUUUUGGAGAAUAGAAAAUCAUACAAUGUCCUAUAAAAACUUUUUUUUUGUGGCAUUUUAAAACUGUUUCCUUGCUCCCUUGGAAUCGCAGCAUUACGUGGGUAAGGAGUUUUUUAGGCGUUUUUUCCCCUAGACUUCGAUAGGG